AUGCUGCUGAAGACUCUCGCCCCCUGGCUGCUGCUGGCCUUCGUUGGGCUGCAGGUCUCUCUGUCCUCCGGUGCGCGCAAAAAGAACCGAGAGGCGGGCAAGAGCUCGAUCCCAGCGGCUGAACUCAGGUAUUCCCGGGGGAAGUUCGCCGGCGGUGGCAAGAUGCUGUGCACGCGGAGUGCGGUAAACGACCGGGACAGAGUCAGAGUAACGGUGAAGUGCGAGGACCCGGAGGCGCGCGUCAAAGGCGGAGUCACCGAGCUGCGGUGUAACUACUACGCCAAACCUCACGGCUGCCCGGGCUACCUGUCCAACAACAAGAACUUCUGGAAACAGGUGGGCCGCGCGUUCAAAAAACUGAAAGGCAAAGUGUGCAAGGACGAGCGCUCGGGGGUGGGGGCUAGCAUGUGUAAGCGCGCGCCCCUGGAUGUGCACUUCGAGCUGGACAAAAGCAGCGCCGUGUCCCUUGCUCAGUCCGGAGGAGACGAGACCCUUCCGCUUCCUCGCGCCACCGCUGCGGCCGGGAAGAACUGCACAGAGCGCGCGGAUCACCGGAAAACGGCUGAAGAGAACUGCGGCUCGUGGUUCAGUGUGUGCAACUUCUUUAUGUCAAUGCUGCAGAGCGACAACUGUUAGCCUCAGGUCUCAGGAGGACGUGCACACCAUCAGACUGACAUUUAUUUUAGGACUCAACAGCAGCAACCUGUCAAUCAAUAACAUGUGGAUAUUAUCAGAUACAAACAUCGAAACAGCCACAAAUGAACGUUGCCCUGAAAUGAUUUCAAAGUUUUAAAAUCUUGGAUAUUGAGAUUAUUAUUUUUUUGUACUUGUAAUAGAGUAUAUUUACAGUGUGGUAUUGUUUUAUUCAACCUGAAUACUUCCCUGCACCACUGUUUAUUACACAGAGCUGAAGAUUAUUUUAGUAUCAUGGUAUCUUCUUUCUACCUCUGGUCAACUUUAUCCAUACACCUUGUAAACACCACUGUAUUUAUGCACCACAAAUAAA